CGCGGGUCUGCCUGGUGUGUCCAUGUGUCUCCGCGCUGGCAAGGCAGGAGUCUCUUAGUUCCGCGCCUUCUUCGCCUGGGGAAGCUGCUGCUCGGGGUGGUGGCGGACAGAGGAGCUCCCUAGCGCGGCGGUCCUUCCCCAAGACCCACGGAGAGGGUGUGUUGCUGAUCGAGGCGUAUUACUGUUGCUGUCCCACUUGGUGCUUUACUCCAGCUGCUGACGGACUUGCUCCCUUUCUCUGAGGAUUAUUUACACAUUCAAGAUGGAGCUGCAGAAGAUGGGAGAAGAGAUGGUCACAGAGAGGCUCAAUGGGACUAUACCUGAUAACGACAAGGCAGCUGUCCUGGAGGAUGGCUACGAGGAAGAGGAACGUGUUCUGGCCGAGCAAGAGGAGUUCCUACCCCACAUUGCCAGCAAGAAACUGAACCAAUUCACUGACUUUGAGGGGAAGACUUCCUUUGGCAUGUCCAUCUUUAACCUCAGCAAUGCCAUCAUGGGCAGCGGUAUCCUGGGCCUGGCCUAUGCCAUGAGAAACACGGGGAUCAUCCUCUUUGUGGUGCUUCUGAUCUGCAUCGCAUUGCUCUCUUCCUAUUCCAUCCACUUGCUGUUGAAGUGUGCUGGGGUUGUGGGAAUUAGAGCAUAUGAACAGCUGGGUCUCAGGGCAUUUGGCCACGGGGGCAAAGUGGUUGCUGCUGUGAUAAUCUCAAUACACAACAUAGGUGCAAUGUCCAGUUACUUGUUCAUUGUGAAAUCUGAGCUGCCACUUGUGAUCCAAACCUUCCUAGGACUGACAAGGAACAACGGUGAGUGGUAUAUGAAUGGGAACGUUUUAAUCGUCAUUGCCACGGUCUGUGUCAUCCUGCCUCUGGCCAUGAUGAAACACUUGGGCUAUCUUGGUUAUACCAGUGGACUUUCACUCACUUGCAUGUGUUUCUUUCUCAUCUCGGUUAUCUACAAGAAGUUCCAGAUUGCUUGCCCACAUUCUCUCAAUGACACCCUGGGGAACAGCAGCACAGUGAGCACUAAGGAGGACACCUGCACCACGGAGCUUUUCACAGUCAAUUCACAGACGGCUUAUGCCAUCCCCAUCUUGGCCUUUGCCUUUGUUUGCCAUCCGGAAGUGCUUCCUAUUUAUACGGAGCUACACAGGGCCUCAAAGCGUCGGAUGCAGAAUGUAGCGAAUGUCUCCAUCCUAGCCAUGUUUGUCAUGUACCUCCUGACUGCUGUCUUUGGUUACCUCACAUUUUACGAGACCGUUGAAGCAGAGAUGUUACAUACCUACAGCAAAGUCGACCCUGGGGACAAGCUGAUCCUUUGUGUCCGGCUGGCUGUCCUGUUGGCUGUGACGCUCACGGUCCCUGUGGUUUUGUUUCCGAUCCGCAGAGCCAUCCAGCAGUUGUUGUUCCACAAGAAGGAUUUCAGCUGGGUCCGUCACGUCAUCAUUGCCUCCUGCCUCCUUGUCACUGUGAACCUCCUUGUCAUCUUUGUGCCAAACAUCAAGGAUAUUUUUGGAGUCAUUGGAGCCACAUCAGCCCCCAGCCUCAUAUUUAUCCUUCCUAGCAUCUUCUACAUCCGUAUUAUCCCCAAUGAGAAAGAGCCACUGCUAUCCAGAUCUAAAAUACAGGCUGCCUGUUUUGCUGCCCUCGGCUUCAUUUUCAUGGUGAUGAGUCUCAGCUUCAUCAUUGUAGACUGGGUAACCACAGGAAGGAGCAGGGGAGUGGGACACUAACAUCCCUCUUCCCUCCCCCAAGAGACCGUGGUUCUAACCAGGGAGGGGCCAUUCUGUGCCAGAGAAUCAGCAUCACCACCUCCUGUUUCUCAUCAUCCUGGAGAAACCAUGGUUCUCCCUGCCCAUCGCCUUGGAGAAGCACAGCAGGCACCAUUUGUUGCCAUGGCAAUGCAGAGCCACUCAGAACAGCACUGGGGGUUUCUCUUGGGCUCUUCCUGGCCUCUGAAACAGGUUACCCGAAACAGGCCAUUUAUUGCCAUGGAUACUUAUUUGUUGGUCUUGGUGCUAGGACAACGCCGCCUCCGUUGGCCAUACCUGCAUCUGGCUCCUAUGGUAGCACCACAGGGCUUUUUGUUUUUCCUCCUUUACCUCCCUGGCAACACGAUACCAUUGCCAGCUGUUGGGUGUCACAACAACUCUGUGUGGGAUUGGGAUGGGUGGGGAGCAGGUUGGUCCAGGAUGAUAGUGCUGUCUGUCAGCCAGAGGUAUCACUCCCUCCCAUGAUGGAAUGAAUCUCUGGUUCGUCCUCCUCCUCGUCACUGUAGCAAAGGUGCCUUGUUAUUGGAAUGGCAACGUCUUGUCUCCAAUUAAGCCCAGAAAACGGGCUCUGUUCUUUCCAUCACUGUGCUCCCAGAUACCUCACCUCCGUCUUUCUGCCUUUUCCCCCUGCCUGGGGGAAAUAAGUUAAGAUGGGGCAGUGUGGAUAUGCCAAUGGGGCUUAGGGGUUAGAACCCCAAGGUGGAGGUGGCCCUCAGUGGACAAUCAGAUUUUUUUUGUUACUAUUUAAUUUGAACACAGCUACCAGACCAAAGACCACAGCACAACCAACCUGGUGUUUACACAACCCCAUGCCCGGGAUCCCAGGUUUCAGUUAAAAAAAAAGGUUAGGUCUGGGAUGUUGAAAUGGGGGUGGGGGUGGCGCAGACUUCUUUGGGGCUCUUUUCCCAGCUAGGUGUGGGGUGGGAAUAGGGGUUAUAAGUAACAGCUGCAGACUUGACAGGAGGGAUUUCGAGGGGAGGGGGAGGAAAUGCAGCUGUCCUAGGUCUUGGCCUUGUGUCCUUCUUCUGUCCGAGUGAUGCUAGAUUUUUCCUGAGCCCACUCUGGGAAUGUACACUACAUAAAUAUACCAGUGGUUUCUCUUUAAAACAACUCCUAAAGCCACAAAUAGCAGAAACUUGAUUUUAUGUCCAAAUUGGUGCUUCCACCGUUUGUCCUUGGAGAACUCUAAAAUGGUUUGAGGCAGCUUGUGUGGCACUUCCAUCUGAGGCACUUACCAUGACAAAACAAGACUUUAUUCACUCACUCUUCACAGGGCAUCGGGCCCUUCUUGGCUGCACUUGUACCCUGGCCCUCGAGGGUUUCGUUCAGGGAAUCUGGAUGAUACCCUUGUCAGUUUGCAUCCCUCAUUUUUCUUCCUUUGUGUUAUCCAUCUUUUUUCUUACCAUGAGUUAAAACUGUGGAGGAAGAAAGAUGGAAUCAUGGCACAAUGUUUUGUUCUUGCGAGCACUAGGAGCCCUCAGUCUAAAAGAAAGCUUGGAGAUGUAACGUUUUUGAUUCCCCAAAUCCCCAGGAAAUAAAUUUUGCAAGUUCGACCAAGAAGCACCCAGCUACCUGCUGGUACCACCAGAUUAUUUUCUUUCAGUGCACUUCUGCCUGGCUGUAUACCUUCUUCUGUCUCUCAUUCUCAAACUUCAGAAAAUCUGGUCUUUCUUUUCCUUCUUCAAAGGACAGACUAAUAAAUAGAACAGUGGUGACAGCUGUGGAUUUUAAAAGUAGUAUUCCUCCAUCUGCUUGGAGACAAGUACUUUUCAUGCCCAGUGAAAGAUUGGGCAGGUCGGCCCAUCACCCCAAAACUGGACUUCAGCAACGCCUUCACUUUUACCUUUCUAGUCAGCGAUGUGUUAGUUCUUUUGCUUUUAAAAUCAUAUCUUUUAAGUUGGACUUUUUGCCUAUUGUGUUUUUAUGUCUUCAGCAUAGUUGAACAAUAGCACUUACAUGCUAAAACUUUUUUUCAUUUAUUUAUCUAAAAAACAAACAAACAUCCCUCCACUGCUAUGCUGACACUGCCAUAUUAUCACUGGUUUUGUUUUUUGUUUUUCUUCUGCUUUUUAAACAUGGAUGCAAAUAUGCAGAGACAAUGACAUUGAAGCAAUUUUUAGUGCAAACCUCUUUAAAUUAUUAAAAUUGAUAUAGAAGAAAAUAGUUAAGGAUUACAAGUACUCAUAAAUUGUUCCCUGCUUCAUAUCAUUUCAGGGGAAGAAAUCAGUCUUUUGGAACCUGCCCUGCUAGUAUGGUAACUUUAUAGCAAAAUCAAAUUGAACAAAGUUUAAUAAAGAUAGCUUACUAACAAAAACAGUCCAUGAACCCAAUAAUAACGAGCGCACCGUUUAACGACGAAUCCGCAUAGCGAUCUAUUUUUUUUAUCGCUAAUGCGAUCGCAUUGUGAUG